UUCCAUGUGUUAUAUACAAAACUUGAAUUUUACCUUUUUUAUUAACUUUUAGUCGCAUAUUUAUGCAGUAAGAUCGAAUGUAAUUGUAAAUUGGUGUUGAUUUAAAUAAUUGGACGUUUAUAUUUAACAAAUUACGAAGAUGGCGCUCAUUAUGAUUUAUCUAUAUAUUCGUAAAGUAAUCGGUUGACAUGUGAAGAGGUUAUAUUUCUUCGUGUCUGUAAUGAUAUUCACGUUACUAACGAACGUGUUGUAAAAACUUUUGAUAAUAAUUUUUACACGAGAAAAACGGAAAAUCAUAAGAACAAUAGUAUAUAAGACCAAACUCCAUUACUAAAUAACCGUUAUCUUCUUAUUGAGCUUCUAUGACAGUUGGUUGUCAAAAAAUUUAAGGGAAGGCAAUGGGUACAACGCCAAGUCGAUAUGAUGACCUAUCCAAGAAUAUCUAUUUGGAGAAGUUCUGUGGAAGAAAAAGUAUUCUUCCAAAUGAUCCAUUUUGGGAUACCUUCUUAUCAUAUAAUAUAAGACCACCUAUUACAAGAAACGAUCAAAUAGAAUUAGAUUCUAGAUUGGAUACAUCGUGUCAGAGAUUACUUGCCAACAAUUUGACCACCGGCAAUUUUGGUAGUUUAAUACAAGUGGCUCUUGCACGUGCUAGUAACCUCUUAGCACCAAUGCAAAAUCAGAAAAUCAUAUCAGCUUGGCAAACAUAUAAUGCAUUGUUUGCGGUAAGAUGUAUAUUAAAGUAUUUUAUUGAAACGGUUGGUGAGGAAGAAAUGGUAAAACACAUAGAAGCGCCACAGCUGCCAACACCAACACAAUCAAAUACUUCUUAUAGAUUGGAAGAUCUAUUUGAAGCAUUAUUAGACAUCAUAACAGAUGUACCAUUGGAUAAGUUCACAUACGUCGUUCAUCUAGAAGCAAUAAAUUGCCUACUUGUACUGCUUUCUGUGCAAUUAUUUUCACAAACUGCAGCUGAAUACAGUUGCAUCUACAGAAUAGCGAUGCACUCACAUUCUAGUGAACAUGCACCUGCUGUGGUGUGUACGUUAUUGCAUAAUUUCGUACAGCAAGAACAUGCUCCUCCAGGUUUGCUUACCCAACAACCAGGGGGAAGCAUUGUUUUUAGUAUAGCUGCUGGUUUAUGGAAUGUAAUUACAAUGGGUAUGGGUAGUAGUUUAAAAAAUGUACAAGUUGCAAGUAAUGGUACGUCGGAAGAGGAAGAACGAAAACGUGAUACAGAAACACCUCUUGCUAGUCAGUCAUUAUUAUUGUUACUGGUUUUAACAAAUCAUUGUACUGCAACACAAAAUCCUUACAGGAAUGCUCUCUUCACAUUUGUUGAUAUGCAAGAAGACUAUUCUCCUAUGCAAACGAAAGGCGCAUUUAGCUUCAAUUUGAAUAAAUUGUAUAAUACAAUAUGUAAAAUACCAAAUACAGAUGAAGUUACAUUAUUAUUAUACAUGUUGCUACAUAGGAAUUCAAGUGUAAAACAAGACAUCAUGAGAAGGCCAGACAUACAAUUAUUGGUAACGCCAAUACUUCAGAUACUGUACCAUGCGCCAAAUAAUACAUCUCAUCACAUUUACAUGUCUCUUAUCAUUCUCUUAAUUUUAAGUGAAGACGAAACGUUUAAUAAAAGAAUACACGAAAUAAUGCUUAAGGGUGUAAGUUGGUAUACGGAAAGAUCAAUAAGUGAAAUAUCGCUAGGAGGACUUUUAAUUCUCGUCGUCAUUAGAACAAUACAAUAUAACAUGUUUAAAAUGAGGGAUAAAUAUCUUCACACGAACUGCUUAGCGGCUUUAGCGAAUAUGUCAGCGCAGUUCACGUCUUUACACCCUUAUGUCAGUCAAAGAUUACUAAGUUUAUUUGAAACUCUAGCAAAAAAGCAUUCUAGGCUGGAAUCAAAAAUACGCGCACAACCUUUCGUUUCUUCCGACAGUACUACCGUUACAGUUAAUGGAACCACGGCAAAUACGGACCUAAUUCAAGAUCUAACAAUACUUGAAGAAGUUUUACGAAUGGUAUUGGAGAUUAUAAAUAGUUGCUUGACCCAUAGACUUGCACAUAAUCCAAAUUUAAUAUAUACACUUUUAUAUAAAAAAGAUAUUUUUCAACCAUUUAGAAUGCAUACAGCAUUUCAGGAUAUUGUACAAAACAUAGAUUCUGUUAUAAACUUCUUUUCUUACAAAUUGGAGCAAAAAGAUCAAUCACAAUUAGGUGUUAGCCAGGUAUUAAAUACAAUUCAACAAGGCACUAGUGAAUGGCCGCAUGAUCGUUUACGGAAAUUUCCAGAACUAAAAUUUAAGUACGUAGAAGAGGAACAACCGGAGGAAUUUUUCAUUCCAUAUGUGUGGAGCGUCGUAUGUCAAAGCGCAUUAUUACAUUGGAGUGCAGAGAAUAUAAAAUUAUUUUCACCUCAUAAUAGUGAACAGACAACAAUCAUCGUUUGCUGAUACUGAGACAACUGCUGUUUGCAGUAAAUAUACGGAUAGAAAACAAAUCAAGAGGAGGACAAAUUAAUAUCAACUAUCUUCCAGCCUAUAGGACAUUGAAACAGCAAAUUCUUGCAAGUAAAACCUAGUUACGUACUUCAUUUAACACUGAAAAGUUAAACCCUGGUAAGUGUCCUAUCGGCUGUAAAGUUAGUUGAAACAGUUUUCGAAUGUACAUCUUUAUUAAACAAAUACAGUUGACGUCUUAAUAUUAUUUAUAAUAUGUCGUUAUAGAUAGUAUUUCAUUUUCCUAGCCUGUGCAGCGUGUAUAUGCGGCCGCGCGUGUCCUCUGUUCUGUGGUGUCACCGUGUAUGUACGUGUUUCGUAUGAGUUUCAUCUCUGUUCAUUUAUGUCUGUAUGUAUCUGUUUCUUUUCUUUCCUGUGUACAGUAUACUAUUGCUAAUAUUUCUCUUGUCGAACGAUCUUCAGUUGCAGAAUAACAAGUUUUAAUUUGACGUUUCUGUGCGUCGCGUGCAGACGCGCCGAGUAACUCAGUGUGUCACGUGAUUAACUUAGAACUCAUAUUAUAACCUUUUUUUUUUACUUAGCCGUUACGUCACUUGACUUUGAAACUGUGCUUAGCGUACAGAUAGUAUCAGUAUCCAUAAUAAUUAAAUUCCUUAACUGUACUAUAUUACUUAACCUUAUUAGUUAACACACAAUCAAUCUGCAACGGGAGGGAAUUUAGUCGGUCCGUAACGUCUCGUGUACGGCCUAGCCAUACAGGAUGUCCC